AUGGCGAUAUCUCCCGACAGCCAGUGGAUCUCAACGGGAGGAGGUGGCGUAGUGAUCAUGCUGUGGCGAGCGAGCGAUGGCGUUGUCGUCCACGACUGGGCAGCGCAUCACUGCAACUCCCUAGCUUUCUCCCCCGACAGUCAUCAACUCGCUUCUUGCGGUACGGACGGUCGAGUACACCUCUGGGAUGUCGUAAACGGCCAACAUCUCGCAUCGCUAGGCUACCCGGCCGUCGAAUCCUCAGAGAACCGCUCUGGCAUCGUCUCCGACGUCGACACAAUGUGCGCCUGGUCUCCAGAUGGCGCUCAAUUCGUAGAAGCAUCUAGCCCCUGGCUUGGGGCGGGGACGGUGCGAGUGUGGGAUGCACACACUUUCCAGCAGAUCUCUACGAUCACCGGAUUCCCCGGUCGCACCACACCUGUCGCUUCGCUGCCAGACACCUGGUGGUGGGCGGUGUUCGCCUUUGGCCGACCGAGGAUGCUAGGGGCGCUGACCACAAGCGGAGCUCCUUCGAGUCAGCGGAAAUACGGCCCUUUCACCAUCGUCGCCUGCGCAUAUGACCCCUCGAGCUCGCGCGUCGCAACGGGAACCGGCAACGGGGAGGUCUGUAUAUGGUCCACUCACGAUGUCGACUGGUCCGAGCUGGUCCUCCAUCCGGCCGGAGAGCGAGGUGCAUCCACGGAGAUGUCCGUAGAAUUCUCGCCCGACGGCCGCUUACUCCUCUCAGUCUCGAAGUUUGCUGGUGGAGUUGUCAUCUGGGACUCGCACAGCGGCUGCAGGCUCCGGUCCUUGGAACCUGAUGAGGACGAGCCCAGGUUCAGUUCGGCGUGCUUUUCACCGGAUGGCAAGUACGUUGCUACUGGGUCGCUGGACGGCGUCAUACGGUUCUGGAGUACAGUGGAUUGGGCAGUCGCUGGAGCGCUCGCAGAACACUCCUCGGAGAUUGACCGGAUGGUGUUCGCUCCCAACGGGGAAUUCUUGUCGGACGAGGCUCACCUUCACUACGAUGUGUUCAAGACUCCUGCGAGGCGUAAGAGCGCGGUCGAUGACAAGAAGGAUGUCGUCCGGCACACAUAUCUCCAACGCCCAGGCAUGCGCUGCCUCUGCGGUAUGGGUGAACGCACAGAGUACGGCAUCUCGCACGUAUUCAGCUCCAUCGUAACCACGUCCGCGGACGCGAUGGACGAGUACGAGUAUCACCACGCGCCCGAAGAGCUGCGCAGCGUUGCGGCGGUAAGGCUCGAAAUCCUCUGCACCAGCCCCGACACGCAACCAGUUGUCGGUGUGCGCAACGUCGGCCUCGCGUGCGACCACAGAGGCGGGUGA